AUGGACAACCCCCAGAAGUCGCUCGAAACCACCCGCCAGCGCUUCAACCAGCUCGCCUCCGCGCUGCGCACCUUCAACGACGUGCUGCACCACGGCCCCGCCGACGCCCUCCCGCCCUGGACCACCCUGCAAUCCCACUUCAACGUCCUCUCCUCCACCCUCGACUCCCUCUCCCACACCCUCACCACCCACUUCCCCCCCGCCACCACCACCCCCACCGCCCUCGUCUCCUACCCCCUGCCCUCCUUCCCCGCGCCCACCCAAUCCAUCCUCCUCUCCAUGCUCUGCAACAAGAAGCCCAACGCCACCGUCUCCACCUGGCACCACGCGGCCCUCCACGACGCCGCCGUCUCCGCGCUGACCCCCGCCGACAAGCGCGCGCAGGACGAGUUCUGGGCGAGCGUCUACGACGUCGUGCAGGAGAUGCAGGUCGAGCGCAGCUGGUACGACGAUCUGUAUACGGCCGAGGAGCGCGAGGCGGGGGUCGAGAGCGUGGUGACGGGGUUGGAGAUGGUGGGGGGCGUGCCGGUGAGGAGGGGGGAGGGGGAGGGGGGGAAGGGGCAGGGGCAGGGGCAGGUGCCCGGCGCGCUAAGGUUGGAGAGUAUGUUGAGGUUUAUGGAGACGGGGGUGGCGCCGAGGGAUCAGGCGCCGUUGCCGAGUGGGGUUGUGGGGCUGAAGCGGUAG